AUGGCUGUUAAAAUAACUAAUAUUGUUAGAGGGGGCAAUCGUGCUUUGACUCACAGAAAGUUUCGUGAUUAUUUGGCCGAAGUGGAUGCUACAUAUGGGGACUUGUUACUUCACACCGAUGUUCGUUGGUUAAGCGCCGGAAAGUGUUUUCAACGAUUUGUCGCUCCACGCAAGGAAAUUCCUAUUUUCCUUAAAAAUGAAGUGAAGUCCGACAGUACGGAACUGGAAAAUCAAAUGGCAGAUGCACAAUUUUUAGCAGACCUUGCAUUUUUAACAGACAUGACAUCUCACCUUAACGAAUUGAAUUUGAAGCUACAAGGAAUACAUCAGAAUAUUGCCAACUUAUUUGGGCACAUAAAUGGUUGUAAAGAACAUUUCGAAGAAAUGAAGGAUUUUGAAGAAGUUUCAUAUUUACCUCUUAUAAGAUACAUAGACACAAUUGCGGAAGAAUUCAAAAAUCGAUUUAUUUUUACUCAGCCACUAACAAUUUCUGUUGAGAACGUAAGCAGAGCAAACCUUCAACUGGAAUUGUGUGACUUGCAAUCAGAUCCUUUUUACCAAGGAAGAACUGAAACUGGCUUGGACUUUUUUAAGUUACUGCCAGGAGAACGAUACCCCAACUUGCGAAACUUAGGACUUACAAUGGGAUCAAUGAUGGAAAGUAAGUUACAACUAACUGAAGCUGUACUUAUUGGAUAG